AUGGAGAACAAUAAUAAUAACAACCGUUUCUACCUGAACCUCAACAACGAUCGAUCUGCCUUCGCCGACCGAGCAUAUCCCACGACCCCUUCAACUUUCCCCAACCCUAUCUUUCCCCCUUCAGGCCAGCAAGGUCAGGCUCAGGCUCCUCCUUCGCAGUCUCAGCAACAGCAGUCAUACGGAACAGGCUUUGCUCCCUCAGGAUACUUCAUGAACAAUCCGUACCCUCCCAACUAUCCUCAGCAGCCCCCUUCGAGCUCGUCUUCGAACUACCAACAGGCCCCUCAAGCUCCUCAAGCUUCCUAUCAACAGCGCCCAGCUCCAGUUGCCGAUGCUACGAAUGGCCUGGUUCACCAAUUCUCCCACCAGAACCUCGGUGGACGGGCCUCCCCAUAUGGCAACCGUCAACCUUCCCCAGGACAACGGCCACGAACAGCUGGAGCAACUGGUCAGCAACCUGCUUAUAACAGUUAUCUGAACGCACCUAUGCCCUCUGUUCCACAGCAGAACUGGCCAGAAUUCCAGCCAGCUCCGGAGAGAAACCCUGACAGGUAUGGAUCGUUGGCACAGACAAAUCAGAAGAAGUGUGCAUCGCUUGCGGAGGCGUUCUUCAAAGAUAGCGUCAAGAGAGCCCGGGAUCGUAAUGUUCGUCAAAGCGAGAUGGAACAACGGUUGGGAGAUCCGAACCAGUCACAGUCAAGACGAGAACAGACCUGGUCAAAUGCUGGCAAGCAGGAGGGCAAAUAUCUACGAUUUUUACGAACCAAAGAUUCUCCAGACAACUACCAGACUCUGAAGAUCAUCGGAAAGGGUGCCUUUGGGGAAGUGAAGCUCGUCCAGAAGAAGCAGGAUGGCAAGGUCUAUGCUAUGAAGUCGCUCAUCAAGAGUGAAAUGUUCAAGAAGGAUCAGCUGGCCCACGUUCGUGCAGAGAGAGAUAUCCUUGCUGAAUCCGACAGUCCCUGGGUUGUGAAGCUCUACACCACUUUUCAGGACUACGACUUCCUCUAUAUGUUGAUGGAGUUCUUGCCUGGAGGCGAUUUGAUGACAAUGUUGAUCAAGUACGAGAUCUUUUCUGAAGAUAUCACUCGAUUCUAUAUUGCUGAGAUUGUCCUGGCGAUCGAAGCGGUUCACAAAUAUGGCUUUAUUCAUCGUGAUAUCAAGCCCGACAAUAUCUUGCUUGAUCGUGGAGGACAUGUGAAGCUGACCGAUUUUGGGUUGUCAACUGGUUUCCACAAGCUACAUGACAACUCAUACUACCAACAACUUCUUCAAGGGAAGUCCAACAGACCAGCAAACAGAAACUCGGUCAACCUGGAUCAAAUCAAUCUGACAGUCAGCAACCGCGGUGUGAUCAACGACUGGAGAAAGUCUCGGAGAGUCAUGGCAUACUCAACCGUCGGUACUCCUGAUUACAUUGCUCCAGAAAUUUUUGGUGGCCACGGCUAUGCCCAGGACUGUGAUUGGUGGAGUUUGGGUACAAUCAUGUUCGAAUGUCAAAUUGGAUGGCCUCCUUUCUGUGCUGAGGAUGCACACGAUACCUACCGAAAGAUCGUAAAUUGGCGCCAAUCACUCUACUUCCCGGAAGAUGUUCAACUGGGCCCUGAAGCUGAAAACUUGAUCCGAAGUCUUGUGUGCAACACUGAGAAUCGUUUGGGCCGAGGAGGAGCCGACGAAAUCAAAUCUCACAAGUUCUUCCGUGGUGUUGAUUUCGACAGUCUCCGUCGUAUUCGUGCACCAUUCGAACCCAAGCUCGCUUCAAACGUCGAUACCACUUACUUCCCGACUGAUGAGAUUGACCAAACCGACAACGCUACGCACCUAAAGGCCCAAGCUGCUGCCAACGGACCGCGCAUUGAGCAGCCUGAGAUGAGCUUACCGUUCAUCGGUUACACCUUCAAGAGGUUUGACGAUUUCAACAAGAACAGCCGUUAA